AUGGAGUUCAAGCUCAACAUUCCCAACACACUAGCUAUAGGCUUCUUCCUCUUUGCUUUUCUUACAUUCCAAAUCACAGAAGCAAAGGUUCAUCGUCAUACUUUGAAGAUAAAGUCAAAAGCGUACACACGACUUUGUAAUACCAAAGAGAUUUUAACGGUGAACAGAGAACUCCCCGGACCAACGUUAAGAGCCUACCGUGGAGAUAAGCUCAUCGUCAAUGUCAUCAACAAUGCAAAUUAUAAUAUUACCCUCCAUUGGCAUGGAGCUAGACAAAUUAGGAAUCCGUGGUCAGACGGACCUGAGUAUGUCACCCAGUGUCCAAUCCGACCAGGACAAAGCUAUGUAUAUAGAAUUGAUCUUACGAUUGAAGAAGGAGCAAUUUGGUGGCACGCGCAUAGCCAAUGGGCACGAGCAACCGUCCAUGGAGCGUUUAUCGUCUACCCGAAACGCGGCUCGUCAUAUCCUUUUCCUACACCUCACCGCGAAUUCCCUCUCAUUUUAGGUGAAUGGUGGAAGAAGAAAAACAUAAUGGAUAUACCAGGAAGUGCUAAUAAAACCGGAGGCGAACCGGCUAUCUCCGAUGCAUAUACAAUAAACGGACAACCCGGUUAUCUAUACCCAUGCUCUAAACCGGACACAUUCACAGUAACGGUUGUGCCUGGCCGGCGAUACCUUCUUCGGAUUAUCAACGCCGUGAUGGACGAAGAACUCUUCUUUGCAAUCGCAAACCAUACCUUAACCGUUGUGGCCAAAGACGGUCUCUACUUAAAACAAUUCAACACUACUUACUUAAUGAUCACUCCAGGUCAAUCCAUGGACGUCCUCCUCCACGCAAACCAGCGGUCAGACCGCUACUUUUUAGCUGCUCGAGCUUACUCCUCUGCUUUUGGUGCCGGUUUUGACAAAACCACCACCACAGCCAUCUUACAAUACGAAGGCGUCCCCUUAACCGACGAAUUAAACCGAAACCCACCGGUUUUACCUCCUUACAACCAUACCGAAGCAACAACACGGUUCACUAGCCAAUUUCGAAGCCUACGUCCGGUUAACAUCCCGGUUAAAAUCGACACUCGUCUUCUCUACGCGAUCUCCGUGAAUCUGAUGAAUUGCUCCGACGAUAAACCCUGUACCGGUCCUUACGGGAAGAGAUUCUCGUCGAGCGUUAACAACAUCAGCUUCGUGAACCCUUCGAUCGAUAUUCUCCGAGCUUAUUAUCGCCGUAUCGGAGGUAUUUUUCAGGAGGAUUUCCCGAGAAAUCCGCCGACGGAAUUCGAUUACACCGGAGAGAAUCUUCCGUUUCCGACGAGGUUUGGGACGAAAGUGGUGGUUCUUGAUUUUAAUUCGAGUGUUGAGUUGGUUUUGCAGGGGACGAAUGUGUUGGCUUCGGAUAAUCAUCCGAUUCAUCUCCAUGGGUAUAGCUUCUUUGUUGUGGGUUCGGGUUUUGGGAAUUUCGAUCGCCAGAAAGAUCCGUUGAGGUAUAAUCUCGUUGAUCCACCGGAGGAGACCACCGUCGGAGUUCCUCGUAACGGCUGGACCGCCGUUAGAUUCAUAGCUAACAAUCCAGGGGUGUGGUUGUUGCAUUGCCAUAUAGAGAGACAUGCGACAUGGGGAAUGAACACAGUGUUCAUAGUGAAAGAUGGACCGACGAAAUCAUCUCGAAUGCUCAAGCCUCCUCCUGAUCUACCUUCUUGUUAG